GGCCGGGGCUGCUGGCGAUUGGACACCAUCAGGAGGAAGCCCUCGCUGAACCGACCGAGCGCUGCUGGGCUCGCGGCGGGGGCGGGAGGGUGCAGCGCACCGCACCGCGCCGGACCCGGGAGUUAGCCAAGAGCCCGCAGAAAGGCGGGUUUGCGAGGAGGGAGCAGCGGAGGCGAGAUGCACCGGGAAGUACGAGCCGCUCUGCCUCGCAGGACCCGGGAGCCGGCAGCCUGCUGGGGGCUGGCCAUGCACUAAAGGACCCGGCCGGGGGCUUCCCCUGCGCGCACGCCUGACCGCCAGCUUUGGAGCGGGUGGGAUCGCCUCGCACCUCCAGGCGCCCCGGGGAAGGAAGAAACCCCCUGCGCCCGGAACCCCUCGGAGCUCGCCCGGGGGCUGCAGCCGGGCAAGGCGGAUCCGGGCUCGGCAGACCCGCUCCCCCACCGGCGCUUUCGGGGCAGGGGUCGCUACGGGCGGAGCUGCCCGAAGGGGAGGUGGCGGGGAGACGGGCACCGAGAGUCGGCUGCGGGGCGCCUGGUGCAGCGGGAGGAGGAGCAGGGGGCGGCGGCUCGCCAGCCUGACAGCUCGGGGAAGUUGUCCGAGGGAGAUUACACGGCGGAGCCCGCCCCAGAUGGCACUGGGCAGAGGCGAGCGGAGGAGGCGGCGGCGCUAGCGGAGUCCCCCGGGCUGGAGAGAGACGGAGCCGGCGAGCCAACGGGCUACACAAUAGGGGCGGAGCAGAUCGCCGCAAAGAGCAGCCCCCCGUGCGCCCUGGGGCUCCCUGGCCGCGAGGUCGCCUCGCUCCAUGGCCCCCAGCCGGAGGGAUGAGCCCCGACGGGCGUGAAGGGGGCAGAGAGAAAAUGAGAAGCCAGGCGAGAGCGGGGGGUCUGCCCGGGCAGCCAGCGGGCAGGAGGUGAAGAGCGCCCCGGGGGGACGGCGGCCGGUGCCGCCAGCGCCACAUACCAAAGAACCCGGGCCCCGCGCAGCGCAGCGCAACGCCCGGCGCUUCCUUUCCCCUCUCCUGGCUGGCGAAGAGCCCCAGGGCCAGCGGCGGCCGGACUGCGCCGGGGCAGCGCGCAAAAGGAGCGCAGAGACUGAGGACCGCGCUCCCCAGGGGAGCUCAGCGCGCCCGGGAGAGGGGAGCGCCCAGCCCCCGCAGGAAGCCUCGGGCAGGUGCCCGGGGCAUGGGAACAAGGGCGCAGCCCCCUGUUGGACCCCGCGCUUCGGCCCCUGCGCCCCGCAGCCCGCUUGGAUUAACUCCCGUUGGGUUUUGCUAGAAAGCCGAGCAGCGCACCCGCCGCCUCUGGAUCCCGGCUGUCUCCGGGCGUGUGAAAUUACCUCACGGCUCCUUCCCGACCUCCGGCCAGUAGUGCAGAGAAGAAGAAGGCAGCCACAAUGCCUGACUCGCCGGCCGACGUGAAGACUCAGUCCAGAUCGACACCCCCCAACAUGCCUCCUCCUCCGCCAGCCGUCACGCAGGGAGCCACACGGCACCCCUCCUUCACGCCAAACACCAAUCAAGAAGCUGGGCCUCCGACGUUUCUGCCUCGCGGCCGUUUUCAUGGUUGCUUGAAAUGGUCGAUGGUCUGUCUUUUAAUGAAUGGAAGCAGCCACUCCCCUACCGCUAUCAAUGGAGCUCCUUCCACCCCCAACGGGUUCAGCAACGGGCCUGCCACCUCCUCCACUGCUUCCCUGUCCACCCAUCAGCUCCCUCCCGCCUGCGGCGCCCGGCAGCUCAGCAAACUCAAGCGCUUCUUGACCACCCUGCAGCAGUUUGGGAACGACAUCUCCCCGGAGAUCGGGGAGCGGGUGCGCACGCUGGUGCUGGGGCUUGUGAACUCCACGCUGACCAUCGAAGAGUUCCAUUCCAAGCUCCAGGAGGCGACUAACUUCCCGCUGCGCCCCUUCGUCAUCCCCUUCUUGAAGGCCAACCUGCCCUUGCUGCAGCGCGAGCUGCUCCACUGCGCCCGCAUGGCCAAGCAGACCCCAGCCCAGUACCUGGCCCAGCACGAACAGCUGCUGCUCGAUGCCAACGCCUCUUCCCCCAUCGACUCCUCUGAGCUGCUCCUGGAGGUCACCGAGACUGGCAAGAGGAGGACACCAGACAGGACCAAAGAGAACGGCUUGGACCGAGACCCUCUGCACCCCGAACACCUCAGCAAACGGCCGUGCACCAUGAGCCCCGCUCAGCGGUACAGCCCCAGCAACGGGCUGAGCCACCAGCCCAACGGGCUGCCCCACCCCACCCCGCCCCCACCCCCGCACUACCGCCUGGAGGACAUGGCCAUGGCACACCACUACCGGGACACCUACCGGCACCCCGACCCCAGGGAGCUCCGGGAGCGCCACCGGCAAGUGGCCGUGCACGGCUCCCGCCAGGAGGAAGUGAUCGACCACAGACUAACAGACAGGGAGUGGGCUGAGGAGUGGAAACACCUCAACAACCUGCUGAACUGCAUCAUGGACAUGGUGGAGAAGACGCGGCGCUCCCUCACCGUGCUGCGCCGCUGCCAGGAGGCCGACCGCGAGGAGCUCAACCACUGGAUCCGCCGCUACAGCGAUGCUGAAGACAUGAAGAAAGGCCCCAACCCCCCACCCCGCCCCCACAACAGCUCCUCCAACUCCGAGGCCCCCCCAUUAGACACUCACCGGGAGUUUGUGCCCAGGCCCCUCUCUGGUUACAUGCCCGAGGAAAUCUGGAGGAAAGCUGAAGAAGCUGUGAACGAGGUGAAGCGCCAGGCCAUGUCCGAGCUCCAGAAGGCGGUGUCGGACGCGGAGCGCAAGGCCCACGAGCUGAUCACUACCGAGCGAGCCAAGAUGGAGAGGGCCUUGGCGGAGGCCAAGCGCCAGGCUUCCGAGGACGCGCUGACGGUGAUCAAUCAGCAGGAGGACUCGAGUGAGCGGGGCUGGGUCUCUCUUCCAGGCUGCACCGCCCCGACGCUGAUGUCUCUGCUUUCGCCCUCUCGUACAGAGCUGCUGGAACUGCGGGCGCAAGGCCAGCGAGACCUGCAGCGGAUGCAACACGGCCCGCUACUGCGGCUCCUUCUGCCAGCACAAGGAUUGGGAGAAGCACCACCACGUCUGUGGGCAGACUCUGCAGGGCCUCCAGGCCUCCGCCGGCGCAGCCCCUUCCUCCGGGGUGGGCUUAGGGGUGGGCUCAGCUCAACCGGAUGUGGUGGCUGUCAGCGCCUCCAUCACCAGCGUGGCCACCAUGGCCGCCAGCCCCAGCGAAACCGGCUCGGCUGCUGUGUCGCGCUCCGGCACGCCGGCCACCCCAGCUCCUCUGGAAACGGCAUCACGCUAACCAACCGACCGGCCAGCCAACAGAGGGGAAAGAAACAGAGAAACCUACAGAACGUCACUGCUGCUACUGCUUCUCUCCAAAAGAAAAACUAACUGCAUUCAAUGCAAUUCCUCAGCUACCUGACUCUUCUGUGACCUCCAAAUGACCUCUCGAUCUCUCAUAUGUAAUCCUCACGGAUCCUCAAACUGGGCUUUAAGUGGAGUUAAGGCAAAUACCAAUCUUCUCUGUUCUCGCUUCGGUUUUCUAUGAUUUGGGGAGUUACUAUCGGCGUCGGCGUCAGUUUGUUUGUUUUCUUCUUUUCGGACAAGGAAUUUGUCCACAAACUCUACGCACCUUGACUCGGGGAUGUGCGUGUGUGUGUGUGAAAUCUCCCUCCCGGUGCGGCCGGGGGACGGCAUGAUGAAGGAUUUCGAUUUUAGAAGGCAAGAAACUUCUUCUCUUUUUCGUUUUUCUUUUCUUUUCUUUUUUUUUUUUUGUAAAAAAAUAAAUAAAAUAAAAAUAAAAACGUCAAACUCUUUGGCUUUAAGUAAAAAAAAAAAAUCCAAAAAACAAAUAAAACAAAGUAAAACCAAGUAAAGGAAGCUUACCUGUAAACUACCUUGCUAGCUAGCCAAGAACAUACCAGACUCACCUCUGCUCCAAAGGAAAUCCAAAAACAAACAAACAAAAAAAUCCAAACUUUUUUUCCACUGCCAAAGUUUUUUUGGUUCUGUUGUUGGUUAUUUUUACUUUUUUGGUUGAUGGUUUUGGUUUGUUUUUUGUGAAACAAGGAGCAGCACUUAUCCCUUUCAACCAAACCACGACGACUGGCCAAAGGCAAGCCGGCGCUCUUGGACUCCUUGCAUUCUUUGGUGGGGUGGGGUGGGUUCUUGCGCUGGACUCUCAGCAUCCACACGUACCUUGAAGGAGGAAGGAUGCGCAUCUGUGGAUUUAAAGAAUUUUAUUAAAAUAAAGCAAAAACAAACAAAAAAAGAUACACAACUUUUGUGCGUGUGUGUGAGUAUGUGUGUGUGUGUGUGUGUGUGUGUGUGUGUGUGUGACGGGGAGCCAACAUUGUGUGCUCCCUCCCUCUGUGGAUUAUAAACGUGUUUCACUUGCCUAGGAGAGCGUGCUAAUGAACAAGAACCUUCAGAUCCCGGUCCUGUUCCAGAGAGAGCAUCGUUUCAAACAGAACUGUGACAAUCUGUCGUUGAUUCUCCACUGCUCGUCAGAGUGUGAGCAGAAAGCAAUUGCACCAGUACCUUCUGCUUCUUGUACUCCUCCACUACCUCUCUCUGCUCUCCAUAACCCCACCUCUAGCUCCAGUAUCUUGUGACUGCCAUCCUUACUCCUUCAACCUUUCACAGGAAAAAAAAAAAAGACACCUUUUGUUUUUCCCCUUCUGAAGACUCUUUCGAUUGCCUGUAGAUAGACCCCCUUGCUUUUGUGUCUACUUGUUCUCCAGAUGUUUUCUCCAGUCCUGUGAUGAACAUUGUCAUUGGGUUAUUUUAUUUCGCUUUCGCUUUUUCUUUUCCCACCCCGCGUCCCCUCAUAUGAUUUUGCAACAGUUUCUAGGAGGAAAGAAAGGAAACAAACAAACACUUGUUCUUAGAGAAGGAAAAAAAGACAAUGUAGAUUAUUUUGCAUUUCUUGCAUCGUGUAUAACGCGCAGAGGACGGGAGUGCAAUAUGGAAAGUGACAUGGCUGCAGAAAGGGAGAAAGGUGGAGACUGCCCAGCCACGGUCAGGGCAAAUAUUGUACGUUAAUGUGAAUGUAUAUAGUAUUUGAAGAGGUCCAAAAAAAAAAUAAUAAUAAUAAUAAUAAAAGAAGAGACGUUUGCCAAAUAAAAAAAAAUGAAGAUAAACCACUGAACUGUGUAAAGUUUAGGAAAUAGGUUUUAAAAAAAAGCAAAGUCCACGUGUUCAGUAGAAGGAUUAGUUUUCCGGAGUUGCAAAAUCCAUCACGUGUGUUUUUAAAAAAGUAGGGAUUUCAGAUCAAAAGUUCCCAGGCACUAGUCAUUGCAAAGGGAGGUUUGGCUGAGGGCGAUUGACUCAGAACCCUAAGGUGGCCGUGUUUGGAUGUUUUCCUCUCCCCUGCAACCCACCCCCGAACCUCGCCCUUGUUUGUAUCGUUUUCAGAAGCACUGUGUGGUUCUUUAGAACAUCGAUUCAGGUUUUGGAACAACAAGGAGUCCUUUGUUUAGCACAAUGGAUACAUGCAGGGCUAGGCGGCAUUGUUCGGUCCCACUGCGGUUGGGUCUGCUUUGCCCUUUCUUUUCUAGUUGUGAGCCCUGGGUCUCUUAGCUGCAUCGCAUCCAAUGUGAGUCCUCCCCGUUCGGUUGCACCCCACUCAAGCUCCCUCCUGGUGGCUGUGAAGUUGUAAAGACCAUGUCGUGUCUCUCCUCAGAAGUGCGGCAUGUUCCCAUGGAGAGGUUUGGGGUUGUGGCUGUUUCUCUCAGUGGAUGUGGCUCUGACGCCGUUUGGUUGUGUCGUCUUGGCUCUGGGACGGGCUGUCCUGGAGAAGAGUGUGGAGGGCUGUGUUUGAUGUGUACUUUCACUGCCUCUGAGGGAUGGCUGUAGACGGUGCCGCGUGGUUCUCCGCAGCUGAUGCCGGCUUGUCCUAGGAUUCCAGGAUUUCAAAGCGAGACAGACCCAGGCAGGAAGUAGGGUUUGAGGGAAGUUGUUAGUGCGAUGCUGCGGUCCUUGCGCCUUGCUGUCCCCUCCCCUAGCUCAGCUCUCAACCACAAUGGGGGUAUCAGAUCUUAAGAACCAGGCGUGGAUCCCAUCCUAUGGAAGGCAGCCAGAGUUUUGCUGUUGACUUCGAGCAGGACGAAGUCACAGUUCUUACAUCCAAAGUUUGCAGGCUUUGAACACCUGGCAGUCCUGAACUCAGCGAACCCGGCAGCAUUUGAACCCGGCCAGGAACCAACAAGUGCCAGAAGCACCGCCAUUCUGUAGCCCUCCUCUCCCCCGCCAUGCCUACACGGUAACGUGUCCCAGGGCUGCCCAGAGGAUUCAGAGGGCCUGAGGUCUUUGGCGGCGGGGGGCCCCCGCUGCCGAAGACCCGGCGCUUUGGUGGCAGGGUCCCAGGGCAGAAGGACUCCCCACCGCGGGUCUUCAGGGCACUUCGGCAGCGGGUCCGGAGCGGAAGGACCCCCCGCCACCGAAUUGCCGCCGAAGACCCGAAGCGGAAGAAGCUCCGGGGGCCCGGGCGCCACGAGUGUUUUCCGGGGGCCCCGGAGCAAGUGAAGGACCCUGCUCCAGGGGCCCUGAAAAACUCUCAUGGGGGCCCCUGUGGGGCCCGGGGCAAAUUGCCCCACUUGCUCCCCCCCCCCCGCCCGUGUCCUCACAUGACAAUCUGGACACCUUACGCUGUUGGAAGAUUACAUCCCUGGGGAACUGUGGAAAACUUUCCUUAACUUCCUCUAACCCCAUGGCAGCCUGGUCUUUCUAAAGCAGGCCUGGAUUCCUGGCUAGUAAGAAUCUUCUGGAAAAUACCAGCCCACAUGAGCCCCCCAACCCCGAGAGACAGUUCCUCUAAAGUCCCAACUGCUGCUCUCCAGAGGAAGGUCACAUCCUCGGUGAGGGAUGAGAGGAGGGACCCAGUAAGAGACAAAGCAGCCUGUCAAUAUCUGUGAGUGCAGAACUUCCUCCCCUGGAACUGACUGGCUGUUUGACGCAGGCCGGUCCCAGCAGCAAUGCCACUGACCUGAUCUCUCUGCUGAAGGUCUCCCUAGGACCUGUAAAAACAACAAGGAGUCUGGUGGCACCUUAAAGACUAACAGAUUUAUUUGGGCAUAAGCUUUCGUGAGUAAAAACCUCACUUCCUAGGACCUGUAGUGAGUCUUGAAGCCCAAGGUGAAGCUGUGCAGAGUCUGGUCCCAAAGCCCUAACUAACUGGGCUGGAGCUAUUGCUGGGGUUUGUUUACCAACCAUUUGACGGUAGCUUGCAGUGAAUCCAGCCAGAGACCUAUUAAUGGGCCAAACCCGAGACUUUGUAGCUUCUGUUUGUUUCCUUCCGCAGCCUCAUUCAUCCAGCGUUAGGUUCUGACCCUGGUUUUCUGACAUGCAUCACUCGCCCUAAGAAGGAUUGUUGUGUUUAUUUAUCACGUGAUAUAUGUAUAUUGUCUAUUUUUCUUAUAUUUCAUGAAAAGAGGUAAUAUAUAAGAGUUUUCAGAUGUCAUUAACCGCAGGGUUCAUCCUGCCAUUCGUAGUGUUUGUUAUUUUUCUAAACCUCCUCUCGUGCUUGAAUUUCGGCCGCCUCUCUGUCCCAUCCGUCUCACAUCUGCUCAGCAUCCGGACCCUGCCGCUCUACCUCCAACUUGCUUAAAAACCAUAGACGACAAUUGUAUAGAAAGGAAAUAACCCCAUUUAAAAAGAACUCAACAAGCUUGCCUUCAAACCAAAAUCCCUGGGAGGCGAGAGGGGAGCGGGAGGGGAGCCUCUUGCGGAAGUCCAAACCAGAAAGCUUUAAAAUAGAGUAUUUCAGUGGCCAAAAAACCACCAGGAGUAUGCAGCUUCCCAGACAGUGACGCUCGUGGCACAAAGAAAAGCAGGCGGCAGCAAUAGAGAAAACCACUCGCUGGCUCCUCUGGGUAGGGCGAGAGGAUGCAGGCGGUUCCAGGCUCUUUCAUUGUGAGAUGGUCUUGCUAAACCUCCUCAGUCAGAGCUUUCUUAUGUGUGGGCUUUGCAGGGUCACCUCACCCUCCUGUGUCCUGCUAAUCCCUGAUUCCUCUGCCAGUGCCCCCCAUUGCCUGGGAAUGUUAUUCCCAGUGGAACAGACACCAGCUGGGAGAGUUAAUAGCCUCCUCAGCCAUGGCCAUGUCAGCAGGUUUUAAAUCCCUGGGGCAAAGCAGCAUGGUUAGAUUGUGUAGUGCGUGUUGUGUGUACGCCCUGCAGUGGGCCAGAUUCUGCGCUCAGUGACUUACCUGCAAGCGCUUUGUCUCCAUGGGGUUUGCAGGGAUGUCACUAAGAGCAGAAUUUGGCCUGCUCCACUGCGUAUCCACCUGCCUCAUGGUUACAGUGUAGGCCCAGAUUGUGUAGCAAAAGGAACUUAACCUAGGCCAAAAAUCCAGGGAAUGCUGACUCUCCUGGGCCCAGGCGCUGUCCCCGUGCGUAUUACUGGGGGGAUGGGUAUAGGGGGCAAUUGGGAGAUUUCUCUCUCCUGGGUGGUGGCUCUUUGGGCAUCUUUUUGUGAAGUCCCUGAAGAUGAUCAGCAAAGGAAGGGCCAAUGUUUCGCCCCUCCUGCAGCCCGUGCCAGGAGCUAUUUAAGCGGGGUGACCCUCCCCACAUGGCAGUAGCAGGAGUGUGGGAGGGAGGGUGGGCGCCUGCUGCUUUCCUUCCAGCAGCCCUGGGGCAGUGAGGAGAAAAAUAGGGGAUGACCCCAACCCCAGGCAGGGGUGAGGGAUGGUUUUGUGGCUAAAGAAGUGGUGAGGUCAGAACAACCCCAGGCAGCUCAGCACAAAGGCAUCUGGGAUCCAGGAUAUCUCGGGUGGCACCAUGUGUCCUCCAAUCCCAUUGACGUCACUGGGCAUGUGGUUCUCUGCAGGAUUGGCUCGUCGUUUGCAAUCAAUGUGUGUCUCGGCCCAGCAUGGUGCCGUGUUCAUUCAGGUCACCUUCCUGUUCCCAGAGGGCGGAGGGAAGCGGGCGUGUUUGGCAGGUCAUUCCUGAUGCCAGGUUCUUUCUCGGUGCUGGAGCCCAGCCCUGCGCUGCACAUAGGAUCAGAAAGUUUAGAGCAUGCGCCCGAGGGGGGGAGCCGUUUAUUGACACAGGGCAGCGAGAUGGGGGUUUUGUUUGGCUUUACGCAUGACUCACCGUGGACCCAUUUCCAUCGGGGGCUCUUUAACUUGGGCCCAUCCCUCAAGUUUCCAAAUUGAAAUCCAAGCUGAAACCAAAGCACCUCCCUCCUGCCCUGCUCCAGCCGGGCAGUUUAGUGGUGAUCCUAGAUGUUAGAAUUGGAAGAACUCUCUUAGGAUCUGUUCAGAUCAUGCCAGGGUCCGGGCAAGACUGUUCCACGUGGUACAUUUACUAGGGCUUUGCUUAGUCCUGUUUUAAAUAAACCCCGUGAUGGUGUUUUGUUCCCUGGUCUGCCGUGUCUCACUGCCAGGUUUUCCGGAGAGUCUAUAUUCUCCCUUUCUUAAUAGCAUCCCACUGCUGCUAGUUACACUCUCUUCUUGCAGCCAACAUGAUCGCGCUCUUGGUGCUUCACCCCCAUCAAAUACAUGUGGAGUAGGGCUCGAAUUGUAUCCCUCCAUCCUUCCUCAUUGCUCAGCUCGUCUCAGCUCCCCUCCAGCCGUCCUGCCAGCCCCCACCAAUCCGUCUUGCUCUUCUCUAAAGGUCUGGCAGCCAGGUCCUGCCCAGGCACAAUCUUCCUAGUGGGAGUCAGGCUCCGGGACACGGGAGCGUGGGACAGGCACGGCUGGGUGAACAGCGAAGCGCCAAGGGUGCAUCUCCCCGGGGAGGCAGGUGUUGGGUGCACUUCUCAGGGUGCACCUGUGAUGUGCGCCAAUGGUUCUUGAAUGCCAGCUGGUUGCGUCUCAUGGCUUAGAUACCCCCAGCCCACGCUAGGCUACUGGGAGGCAUUUAUAGCACAGGCGAGUCAGUCUCCCUGAGACUGCCAGCAACAUCCUUCCGGUCCCACGCUUACCAGCAAACACAGGCAGAAAUUACCUGGGUGUGAUCUAUUCUGUAGGGGCAAAACAGAGCCAGUGCUGUUGGUGCAGCUGUCUUGCUUCUGGCCAUUGCCCCAGGUGAACUCACCAUACAUUCCCUGUACGCGUGUACACACACACACACACACACACACUGUGCUCUGGUCUCUUCCGCUUUCUUACGAUCCUCUUUUUUCUUUAUGGGCAUCCCCACGCAAUUUUGCGGCCUUUGUGGGGGAUGGCCAGGCUCAUGUGUACGCUAGUUACAGCAAUGAAUGGAAGGCGAAGGAGUUUCUUGGGCUGCGAUCCCCGCCCCCUGGUAGGCGGGACCCUGCUUCCGAUCUCUCUGCGCUGGUGGUUUUAUGUAAGGCAGAUCUGGGGGAGCUGGAGGGAGUUUUUGUUUCUUGUAACAAGCCCAUCUCUUGGCUUGUCAGUUGCUUUGGAGAACAGCAGCAGGACACCCCUGCUUGGGGUGUCAAAAAAACAGACGUAAACACAGCCCAGGGAAAAUAAAUACAGAGUAAACCCAGGUUCUCAGACUUUCUGCUAAGCCUCUUCAGAGCGGCAGAUUCUGGGAUCCCGUCCAGAUCUGGCGGCUAAGCCUCUGAAAGGUGGCUUUGCAGCAGCAAUCCAGGAGAAUUUGCUCUGAUUCCUCACCUCAAACAAACAAACAAAAAAACCACCAGGUGCUCCCAGAAUUUCCCCCUUCCGGGCACAUUUCCUUGUCCCUAGCCAGGGUGUGACCCAGCCAGCAAUUCCGGAGAGCCCAAACUGCUCAGCCCAGCCUGGGUGGAACUCCGCUAAGCCCCAGGGAUGGAUGUGACCCACCCUCAGUUCUGCUCCUGCUCCCCCCUCUCUGAAGCGACUCUGCCGAAAGUCUCGAAAGCCGCUGACGUGCCCUGUCAGAACCCAGUAACCUGCUCCUGCCAGGCCCACGGGAGUGCCAGCGUCGGGGGGCUGGGAGGCGAUUGACUCGUAAAACUGUGCAAUACUUGAAUGAAAGGGGGUGGGGGAGGCAUGGCUUCUAUAGACUGGUGGGCGUGCGUGGAAAAAGAGUUUAACGAGGGGAGAAAACAGAAAUCCCGCACCCCACCCCGCUCCCUGCUGUUUGUGGGUUUCCGUGGCCAUUCCAGAGAAAUGACGACAUGAUAGGAGUUUUUUUGGCAUGCUGCCCUUCCCCCGCGGUUCCCUGCUUUCUCUAACUGUACUGUAUGUUUGACCUGUGAAAGAUGUAAACAUUAUGAUUCAGGUUAUGUCUGUUCUUAACUCUGUAUCCGUGUAAUAAAGACAAUUUAAUAUCA